AACUGACCCGUUUCCUCAGGUCUUCCUUUUCCCAUCCCUAUAACCAUUGAAGUAAAAAACACAGAAGAAAAAAAAAACUAUUGAAAAUGUUAAGGCUUAAGAGAUUUAACUCAGUUUUAGCACCUGCAAUUCGCAAUUCAAGUAAAAAUUUACCCGGUAAAGAGAAAUUAGUUUCUCUAAUAGCUUUACAGAAUCCAUGUAGAUUGACUUCCAAUCGCUUUCUCGAUAUUUACCAGUUAGGAAACAAGGAGGCGAUUGAGAAAGAGCGUGCUCGACUUAAAGAUGAGAUGAACAGGGGUUACUUUGCUGAUAUAAAUGAGUUGAAGCAACAUGGUGGUAAGAUUGCAACUGCAAAUAAGAUUAUCAUUCCAGCAAUGGCGGCUGUAAAGUUUCCUGCUUUGGAGGUGAAUCAUUCAGAUGGUUCAAACGUUAAGCUUCCCAUCACAUCCACUGGAAAUGGCGUUGAUGCAAACAAAUUAGAAGCACCAAAGGCAUCAUUGUUGUGUCUUUCAUUCCGUGCAAGCUCACAGGCGAUGAUAGAUUCUUGGAGUAAACCAUUUCUGGAUACAUUUAAAGAUUCCAAAAGGGUUCAGCUGUAUGAGAUCUCCUUGAUAGAUUCAUGGUUUUUGACACUUAGUCCUGUAAAGAAACUACUACUUCGGAUGAUGAGGAAAUCUAACCCUCAUGACAGCAAGGAUGUACUGCAUAGACAGAUAGUUUAUUCAUUUGGAGACCAUUACUAUUUAAGGAAAGAGCUUAAAAUACUGAACCUUCUGACUGGGUACAUGUUCUUGGUUGACAAAUUUGGUAGAAUACGAUGGCAAGGUUCUGGAUUGGCAACAGAAGAAGAGUUGUCAUCACUUCUCUCCUGUACGUCUUUUUUGCUGGAUGAGGAAUCAAAGUAACAAAUGUCAUAAGGAGGGACCUCAAUAUGCUUCAUUGUUUGUACUUCUUCUGUACCCCUUCUGUUUUCGGAAUUGUUGUAAUUUUCCUAAAUUAUAUACAUUUUGAUGAUUCUGGACAAGUUGCCUUGAACUGAAUUGCCUGUGAGCCAUGAAACAUAGAUCUUGUAAGCAAUUUCUUCAGGGUAGCAUACGACUAGCAAUAAUGGAUUCCAUGAAAUCAUAUAUUAAUUCUUUUUGCAUUUCUUGA